AUGAGAGACGCUGUGCUCAUGUUAAUUGCUAUUGAGUUGUUGUUUUGCUUCUUGGGAGUCAAAUGCGGUCAAGGAUGGCGCUUUCCCGACGACAGGAAAACAAUCAAAGACUUGGAGAAGUCAUCUGAGACUGAAGAUAAGUCUUCUGGUUAUAGAAUAAUCAUCCCAGAUGUACCAACAACUUCUGCAUCUACUAAAUCAACAGUUGAUGCAGAAUCAUCAAAAUCCACUACCAGCAGUUCAAUGAUGUCCUCAACAACAUUGAGUGCAAUUGAGUCUUCGACAAUCACUUCUUCAGUGUCUCCAUCGACAACAACUUCCACAGCAACGAGCACAAGUACCCCAAAGACUUCAAGUACAACAAUUACUUCUUCUCCAGCGACAACAACAACAAUUGGCUUCAGGCCGCCGAGAUAUCAAGAAGAUUCCCAUUCUCCUUAUGCACACGAGUACGGCAAUCGUCGGCGUAUGCACCAUUUCCAUCACUCUCCACAUUUGUACUGA